AUGCCCUACUUUUUAGGGCAAGAAGGAAAACUCUCCCUGGGGGAGCGAUACACCAAAGGAGCAAAAAAAUUUCCCCUAGUAGGAGGAGUUAUCCCACCUCAAGGAGCAACAAAAGGUAACUCUAUUAAAUUAAAGUGGCUCAAGGAUACUUUUGACGAUGUUGAUGAAAAUGCAUCUGUAUUAGAAAAACAAGCAUCUUGUCGAGCAUACAUCCUAUGUAUGAUUGGAGGGUUAUUGAUGUCUGACAAAUCCAACAACCGGGUACAUUUAAAAUAUCUUUCACUGUUAGGAGAUUUACAAAAAGCAUCCCAAUAUAGUUGGGGUUCAGCCGUUUUAGCUUCACUAUAUAGAGAACUAUGUAUUGCAACGAAACCCAGUGUAAUGUCUAUGGGAGGCUGUGCAUUGUUGUUGCAAAAUUGGGCAUGGUAUCGUUUGUCUUGUGUCGCUCCAGAAUCACUCAAUCCAUGGAUAUUUCCACUUGCACAAAGAUUUAAUUCUGAUGGUCUAAAUUUCGGUAAAGUUCCUCAUAACGACAUAGAAGGAUACCGAAAAACAAUUGAUCACAUGAUGUUCUAUUGGAGACCUUAUCUCAUGUUCCAACAUGAAGUUUCAGAGGAAGAGAUGGUCACUUGGACUGCAUGUACCUAUCUGCAUUGUUUUCAUAUUGUUGAAAAACAUCAUACAGAUAGGGUCACACUUCAGUUCGACUUCCAUCAACAAAUACCACAACUACCGGAGGACAUGAGAGCGUACCAUGAGGUCGACAUGAGGCAUGGGGUUGAUGAUAACUGA